CAGCGCAUCCGUCACAAAGUGGCGCGCCAGUAAGCGCAGGCGCAGAAGAAUAGGCGCAGACAGACUAGCAUCAGCCGCAGCAGCAAUGGCAGACGAGAAACCCAAGGAAGGAGUGAAGACUGAGAACAAUGAGCACAUUAACUUAAAGGUUGCAGGGCAGGAUGGCUCGGUUGUGCAGUUCAAGAUUAAAAGACAUACUCCUCUCAGUAAACUGAUGAAAGCUUACUGUGAACGACAGGGGCUGUCAAUGAGACAAAUACGAUUUCGAUUUGAUGGCCAGCCCAUCAACGAAACAGACACACCUUCGCAGCUAGAAAUGGAAGAUGAAGAUACAAUUGAUGUAUUCCAACAGCAGACUGGAGGCUCUCCUCUUUAGAGACUGUUUCCUUGAACAUCCCUACCUCCUGUUUUUGUCCCCUGAGAAAUUUUUGUUAAACCCAGUCUUCAAAUGCUCAUGACCAGUGCUGAAACCAUCCAUUGGAAUACUUGUACAAAAUGCUGAAAGGCAGCAGGACAGUUCAUGUAGACGUUUAUCACUGACAUUUGUUUGUGUUAACAUGUCUGAUUUGUGCAGUGUAGACAAAUUGCAAGCUGCAGUGACCUUAAUGUGCUGAAGAUAUCAAAGCUU